AUGCCUUAUCCUACAAAUAUUUUAGAGAUUGAUACGACGUUGCUCACGCGGAAUGAAGCACGCAAACUUCGAAGGCUUGAAUUGAAAAAGUACCAAGCUUACGAAAUUAUUGCAAAAUUUGAAGGAUCGUCGAUUGAUCAAUUGUUUUCAACAGAACCUACGCGGUAUUUAUGCUUGACUAAUCUUUGUUUCGGUGGAGUCGGAGGUGUUACAACAGAACAAGUAUCAGAAAUAUUUAACACCUUUGAUGGUUUGGCAGGAAUACGAUUGACCCAUGGAAAGCCAUAUUCGUUUGCAUUAUUUAAUUCCACAGCCUCUGCUUUACAUGCUAGGGAGACUCUUCACAAUGAACCAUGCGAACUUCUAAAUGGUAAAGUUCUCUUUAUCGAAUUUGUGAAUUUGACGUGUCAAAGUUUCAUGAAACAAAUCAAAGACUUGAAUGAAGUAACUAUCCCCGGACUGAUUUUAUUGGAGGAGUUCGUAUCAGUUGAAUUAGAAAAAAAUAUAUUACAAGAUAUAUAUUCAAACACCGCAUGGAUCCCUGUUCAAGAUCGUAGUGUAAUACAUUUUGGUUACUCAUUUAAUUAUGAUUCAAAUGAAGUUGGUUCACCAUCACUUCAAUUUCCACCUUAUGUGAAUUUACUUCUUGAAAAGUUAAGGAAGUUAUACCCUUUUAUAUCAAAUAUGGAACAAUUGACAGCGCAACAUUAUCCAAUUGGUACUGGAAUUCCACCUCAUGUAGAUAGUCAUUCUUCGUUUGGGCCAAUUGUUUUAGCAUUUAGUCUUGAAAGUCCGGUGAUCAUGGAAUUUAAGAACCUUCAAACUGGAGUCAUUGUAAAUAUAGAUUUACCAGAGAGAUCUUUAAUGAUUCUUAAAGACGAGGCACGAUAUUCUUGGAGUCAUGCUAUAAGAGCAAGAAAAAGUGAUUUAUUAGAGGACGGGCGAGUCAGAGAACGAAAUCAACGAGUUUCUUUAACUCUUAGAACAGUCAACCAUGAAAGGACAUGCCAUUGUAAAUGGCCUAAUUUAUGUGAUCGCAACAUAGCUCAUUUGAAAAAAGAUUCAUGA